AUGGCGCCAGUGUACGUGCUGAGAGGGGGGCCUUUUGAGCGCUUUCUCUAUUUUGAUUCAGAGCACUACUGGAGAGUUGGAAGCUGUGAGUACAAAGAUCAGGAGAAAGCUGCCGCAGGCUCCAUGCGCAGUGCAGAUCCAGUGCGCCCCGGCACCCUGCCGACGGCGGUGCACAGCUGGACGGUGCGAACAGGCUACGAUGAAUGGAUGCUGCAGGCGGUGACGGUGGAAGGGCCCGGCCAAAACGGCUAUGGCACACCGGCGCCAGCAUUUUUACACAUCAGCAUCUUGGUUCAAGACCCGCGGUCGCAUCUUGUGCUAACACACUUGUCUGAAACUCCCGUGUCCAAGAUGAAGUCUUUCCUGUUCAUCUCCCUUCUGGCCAUGGUGGCCGCCCAGGAUGCCGUGGUGGAGGAAGCGGCCCCCGCCGAGGCCCCCGCCGAGGCCCCGGCCGUGGCGCCUGUAGCGCCGCCGGCGCCGCCGGUGGCGGCAGCAGUGCCGGCAAAGCACGAACCGUCAGGAGAUGAGAUCAUGGCGCAACACCGUCAGCAGGCCUUGGCUACCUUGGCUUCAGCAGGUUUGAGUGCGAAGCAGGGUGCCUGGCUCUAUGGAGAUUAUAUCAAUAAUGUUGACGGCGUCACCACCGCCAUUGCCUGCGCACAGGCCUGUGUGGCAGAUACCAAGUGCUACCAUUGGAACUUCAAGUUUGACAGUCAGCGGUGCGACCUCAAGGCUGAGAAUGGAGGCGUGAACGAGGACAUUGCAGACUGGGUCACGGGCGAUGUCCCCCGGCCAAAGAAGAACGAUGAGAUCUGUUUCAAGUUUGCUGUGGUGCCCGCAGAUGCUGGAAGAAGCAGCUAUGCAGAACGAUCAACCUGCAUCCCGAGGGAGCGCUGGACAGUGAUCUCUUUCUUUUUCCCAGAUGAGCUCUGGGCAUUCCACAUCCUUGGCUGCGCCACAGGGAUGGGCUUCGUGCGUCCCUGUGUAACUUUGCACUGCCAGGCUUUGUGUAACCGUGACAUCGAUGCGCUCACGAGACUCUCACAACGUUGUGGUGCUGCUCGGACGCUGGCGGACAUCUGUGGUUUCACACUGCCUGCUGUGCUCUACGAUGCCACUGGUUGGGCUGGUGUAGCAGCCUUUGGCGGGUCGCUGGCAUUCUUCUAUUUGGUACUGUCCUUGCAACUGCAUUGGUGUCCCAGUGGAAUGCCAACAAAAUUUGAGGACAAGGUGCCAGUCUCCAAGAAGAUACGGUGGAUCGACUGGGUCCUUUCUGGAGCAUUUGUGAGCACCGAAUUGCAGUGGAACGUGUUGAACACCGCAGUGCCUGCCACUUUGAUCACCAGCUACCAACUUCCCACCUAUGCUGUUGGCGUGGCAAUAGGAUCCGGUGCAUUGGUUUCCAUGUUCUACCUGCUGUCCCUCCCGGCCUUGCCAAGGUUGAUCAACCCACCCAGACCAAUGAACCUGCUGAUGAGCUAUGGUUUGAUGAGCUGCUCCUGGCUGGCCGCUGUUCUGACUGGCAAAGCUGUUCUAUUCGUAGUGGGCAUUUGGACGUUCUUGGCUAUGGGCAACAACACCCAGGUGGUUCUGUUGGAAUGCCUCACCGGCAUCACCGAUGUGGAGACGUCUUCGCAGAUCAUGGGCAUCUCAGAGGUCGUUGGAUGCGGCGUAGGCACCUUCGGCAGCUAUGCUGGAGGCAUGCUCUUCGUCCUCUCCGACCGGGCUCCGUUCGCAGCCUGUGCUUUGUGGAGUCUCUUCUGUGUUGUUGGACUCACCUGGUCCGUGGGACAUCGGCGACUGCAACGUGCCAAGAGUGCAGGUGAUGAUGGGACGGUCUUCCAGUCGCAGCCGUCCGAGAUCUUCACUUUGCCAAGCUGUCAAGGUUUAAAUUUGAUGCUGGAAGAUCGAGAAAGAGCACACAGCUUCAUUGGUCCUGAGAUGGAAUUCCGCGCCCUGUCGUCGGUUGAUUCUGAGUGCUCGACGACCCUAACAUCUGAAGCACAUUGCUCUCCAGAGAUGUCUUGUGAAAGUGUGUAGCAAGUGGAGUUGGUUCUGGAAACGGCUGAGUUGAGGACAUCCAUACACGCGCAGAGAGAGAGAGA